CAGGAACGGGUUGUUUGCUCGUGUUGUUCUGGGUUACGGUGAGGUCCCCUCGUGGCUUGGUCCUUCCUUGUCUGCUUUGACCACCAACCACCACCACAGCUUUGACUUUCUGUAUAUUCAACCUCUACCCUCAUCUCUUCGUAUCGCCGUCACCAUCGUGUACCAACAUGGUCAGAUCCAAGUUCAAAGACGAGCAUCCCUUUGAGAAGCGCAAGGCAGAGGCUGAGCGUAUCCGACAGAAGUAUCCCGACCGCAUACCAGUGAUAUGUGAGAAGGCAGAUAGGACAGACAUCCCUACCAUCGACAAGAAGAAGUAUCUUGUCCCUUCUGAUCUCACUGUUGGCCAAUUUGUAUAUGUAAUCCGCAAACGCAUUAAGCUGGCACCAGAGAAGGCCAUCUUCAUCUUUGUCGACGAAGUAUUACCGCCGACAGCUGCCCUGAUGAGCGCUAUCUAUGAAGAGCACAAAGAUGAAGACAAUUUCCUAUAUGUCAGUUAUUCAGGCGAGAACACAUUUGGCAGUGAAGGAUGGCUAGAGCUACCGUCUGAAGCAUGAUCUUGUUUCUCUCCGAAGGAUCUUAGAGCAUAGGAACAUAUAGUGGCAUGACGUCUGGAUCGGUGGGCUGUCCCGACCUGUGGUCUGAGGUCUCCGUGCAUCGGUAUUCCGUCGAUUCUUCGUGUUUUGCUCCCCCUUUUGUACUUUAAUAUGACCCCCGCCCUUUCAUACAUGAAUUGGAUUGUAUUGAUGAAUAGUAUGCUAUAGCUCGAGCCGUAGUCGGAUUGAUCUCUGAGAUGCUAUUAGUAUUAGAUGUUUGCGUAGGUUCUCGGUACAUUUUGAAUCGAUACAUUUGUCCAUUUCGACCUUAAGCGUUUUCGGAUUCCUUAGGCGGCUUUAGUCAUUAUGCACUUCUCUAUGAACCUUUAAACAUUGGCUGGCAG